AGCCCGAGCCUGCCUAUAAUCGUCUAACAAAAGCAUAGCAUCCUAGGGGUGCUAUAGUUGCUUAACAUCAUCUAUAGCCCGAUCGAUUGAUCUUAACUGCCAACCUCACUCUUGCCUACCUUCUCACGAGAUCAUCGGCCAAUAAUCUGCUCGGCGAAGCCCAUUAAGUCGUGAGUUUGCUAUGAUGGUUGAAGAAUCUGAUAUCACGGGUAAUUCCUUGUCGCGAUCAACGGAAAGAGUCCAACAAUCGAAUGUACGGCAAGUGGAAAGAAAACCGUUGAAAGAGGAUGGCAUCAAGAUAUACCAGUUCUCGAUAGAUAAGUUGAAGGAGGAGAACGCUCGAUACUGGUUCCAUACAAUGGAGAAGCAGUUGAAAGCCCAAUUUUGUUGGCAGGCAAUUCAAUAUUACUAUGAGGUUGGAAGUGCCAGAUAUGAUUUGAUCAUUGUCGACGAUAUAGAUUGGUUCAAAAAUGAUUUAAAAGCCGAUUUAAUCAUUGAGCAAGGGCUCACGCCAACGACCAUCCUGGAAGUUAAAGACCAGCCGAAUGCAGGAUCAAAAUGGGACUGCCUAAAGAAGAUAUUCCUGAAGUUGUCAAACACCAAAAAGGCUAAGAAGUUGAUGAAAAUGGCCAAUUGGACAUGGGAUCAUUCAAUAUUGAAUGAGAAAGACGCCUUCCGAGAAAUCAGCCAAUUGGGAGAGGAAUUCAUUAAUAUGAAUAAUAGCGAGAUGGUCAGUAUCAAAGAACUGAUUGUAAUUUGGUAUUUGCGAGGAUUGGGGAGCCAGUACACCAUAUUAAGGGACACUAUGAUGAACUCAAACGCCACCUUGGACAAGGAAUAUGUCCUAAGCCGGAUCGAGGAUAUUAUGCAAAUGAAGGAAGGAUCUGCAGGGAAAAAAGAAUCACGAGCGUACAAUGAUGGCAAGCAGAAGAAGAAAAAAAAAAUACAAAUGUUAUGUGUGCUGCAAGGCCGGGCAUUUCGCGAGGGAAUGCUGGAACAAGCGUGUGGAUGUUGACGAUGAAGACCAACAAAAGCCCAGGGGUCGACAAGAAGGUCGACGAGGAAAAGCACCAACCAAGCAAAAGGGUAGAUUCGCCAGAGUGCGAUGAUAAUGAUAUCGAUGAAUUAAAAAUCUGGCAAACGGGAUAAACUGUUAGAAGACGAUUAUAAGAUAUGUCUCGCGAAUGGGCGUCAUCAAUUGAAGCUAUCAACGUUACUGGAUGGACGCUACCGUCAUAUCUGAUCUUAAGGGUAAGGUCUUUACCGAACCAUGGUUUAAUGAC